AUGGAUUGUCCCAAAUUGAAAAAGCCUUUCAAGAAGUUCAAAAAAAAAAAAACACUUAAAGCAACAUGGGAUGAAUCAAGUGAAUCCAAAGAUAAGGAGAUUGGUGAUCAAGUUGCCCAAAUGUGCUUCAUGGCAAUGGAGGAAAGCUCCAAUGAGGUAACUUUAAAUGAUGAUGUUGUUGAAUUUUCUUAUGAUGAACUAGUUAGUGCUCUUAAAGUUAUGAAUGAUGAACUAGAAUUAAGUCAUAAGAAGAAUAAACUUUUGAAAAGUGAGCUUGCUUAUUUAAGGAAGGAAAAUGAGACCUCAUCUAAGGAUGAUAGACCUUUAGAUAGAAAGGAUAAACUUGAUGCAAUUUUGGACCCUCAAAGAUCUCCUAGCAUCAGGUAUGGACUUGGCUAUAACAAAUUUACUCAAGCACCUCCUUCCAAGACUACUUUUGUUAAAGCAUCUAGUUCUAAUGAGCCUAGUCCCCAAGUGCCUAGUCCAAAGCUUGAAAGCAAGUGGUAUUUGGAUAGUGGAUGUUCAAGACACAUGACUAGAAAUGCCAACCUUUUCCUUUCACUUGAAAAGAGAGAUGGAGAUGUCAAGUGCUUUGUUUCUAUUAGUGAUAACUCUCAGACUUGGCAUAGAAAGCUUGCACAUGCUAGUGUCGACCUUUUUGCAAACUUGAACAAGGAUAAGCUAGUUGAUGGGCUACCAAAGAUCAAGUUUCAAAAAGAUAAGGUGUGUGAUGCAUGCCAAAUGGAUAAAUUUGGCUCUAAAAUUAAUGAAGGUAUCUUCUUAGGGUACUCUAUAUCUAGUAAAGUAUAUAGAGUUUUUAAUAAGAGAACUUUAGUUGUUGAAGAGUCAAUGCAUGUUGUAUUUGAUGAAGCUAACUCCUUUGGUCCUAGAAAGGAUAUUUCUUAUGAUGAUGAUAUUAUAGGUAAUUUUGAUGAGUUGACUCUCGAAGAUCCUCAAUCUAGUGAAAAUCAAGAUCAACUCAAUGAAGAUCCCUUAAAGGAUUUGGGAGAUGAUGAAGUUGAGCUUUAA